CUACCAACAACAAGGUCUUUAAACCUUGGAAGGGCUAGAAGAACCAACCGUAGCAAUCGGCCGACGAUAUGAGUGGGUUUCCUGAAGUUGACCGAAAGAGGUGGUUGGCAAACAGCGCUAGCCACUUAGGUAAAUAAGCUCCUGCCAACCCCAGUUCCGAUAUCGCCAGGGAACCAAGAGGGAAAAAAAAAGCUUCCAGUCACCUCCGCUGAGGGGCGCCAUUUCACCUCCAAACAAUCCGAAAGCGAGGAUUCAACCAUAGCACUAAACAGUCUAAAGGAUCAAACCCACUCAAUUGCUGACUAGCAAGAGGAGAAGAGACUCCCGUGUUUCCAAACAUGGCAGAAGCGCCCUUAACAAAUGGCUGUAGCUCACCACUCACUCCCAGGCUGAACUCUUUCUCGCUGACUGAAUACUCCGCAAAUCCUUCCCCGCCUAGUGAGAGGCAUGGUCUGCCUCCUGACUGGGAGAUUCCAGAGGCUUUUCUACUGCCAAAUGGAUAUCCAGAUUACUUGCGGUUGAUUCUGACCUCUCGCGUGUACGAUGUUGUCAAAGAAACACCCUUAACACACGCUGUGAAUAUGAGCAACCGAUUGGAAUGCAAAGUCUUUUUGAAACGAGAGGAUUUGCUUCCCGUCUUUAGCUUCAAACUUCGAGGUGCCUAUAACAAGAUGGCUCAUUUGAGUCCAGAGAGAAUGUGGAAGGGUGUUAUUGCGUGUUCCGCAGGAAACCAUGCCCAGGGUGUUGCGUACUCUGCACGAACAUUAAAGAUCCCCGCUACCAUCGUGAUGCCCCAAGGCACCCCUGCUAUCAAGCACCGAAAUGUCGCUCGAUUAGGUGGCACGGUUGUAUUGCAUGGACGUGAUUUCGACGCAGCAAAGCAGGAAGCUGCCAGACUUUCCAAACUACACGAUCUUACGAAUAUCCCCCCCUUUGAUGACCCGUAUGUCAUUGCUGGCCAAGGCACCUGCGGGAUGGAGCUACUGCGCCAAUGCAAUAUACAGAAUAUCGAAGCGGUGUUUUGCUGUGUAGGUGGCGGGGGAUUAAUUGCCGGCAUUGGAGUUUAUCUCAAGAGAAUUGCACCACACGUCAAGAUCAUCGGUGUAGAAACGCACGAUGCGAACGCAAUGGCUCAGUCCCUCGUGAACGGCGAGAGGGUUACUUUGGGUGAAGUUGGGUUAUUUGCAGACGGUGCGGCCGUGCGGGCCGUAGGCAAAGAAACUUUCCGGUUAUGCAGAGAGGUGGUCGAUGAUAUUAUCCAGGUGUCGACCGACGAGGCAUGCGCGGCGAUCAAGGACAUUUUUGAGGAUACAAGAUCAGUAGUGGAGCCGGCCGGCGCCCUCGCACUUGCCGGUCUGAAGAAAUAUGUCGCGAUGAAUCCAUCCCCUGAUCCCAAUCGAGAGCUUGUGGCGGUAACUUCCGGAGCGAAUAUGAAUUUCGACAGGCUCCGUUUUGUAGCUGAGCGUGCUACGUUGGGUGAGAGGAAAGAGGCUUUACUGAGCGUCACCAUCCCUGAGCGCCCAGGCUCGUUCGCGAAGCUCGUGGAAACCGUGACUCCGCAUGAUGUUACUGAGUUCAGCUACCGCUACUCCAACAGCGAAUCUGCGGUGGUGUUCAUGGGAAUAUCACUAUCCACCUCGACAGGAACAGAGGAUUUGGGUCUAAUAGUAAACCAAUUAUUGCAGGGUGGGAUGAUAGCGCAGGAUCUAAGCGAUAAUGAGCUUGCAAAGACGCAUAUCCGAUAUCUUGCCGGUGGACGAAGUAACGUCGUCGACGAAAGACUCUUCAUGUUUGAAUUCCCCGAACGCCCCGGAGCGCUAGUGAAGUUCCUCACCACCCUCCGGCCACACCAGAAUAUCUCAUUGUUCCACUAUCGUAAUUACGGGAGUGACGUGGCUAAGGUCCUUGCGGGGAUUCAGUGCCCAGCCACGGAGAAGACAGAGCUUGAGGGGUUCCUAUACGAUUUGGGUUACCCAUUCACGGAGUGCACGGAUUCGCCGGUUUACAAGAUGUUUUUGCGAGAGUAAUUGGUUUUUAGUUGCUUCGUUUGUCAUGGAGAUUCCCCCCAGUCCUUUUUCAAAAAAAUUGCAGUUGUGGUUUUCAUCCCUUGUGUCCGGAUUUCACAUACUUUUAUUACUAUGAUGCUGGCGCUUUAUUAGUUUAGAAAGAGGGCGGAAGGCGUUUGAAGAUUUUUAGCUUUUAUUGAACUCUAAUCUAUUGAUUUACUCAGCUUCACAUUAACUAGGUUUAGAUAAAAAGAAUCGAUGGCACAUGCACAUGUACAUGCGGGAAUCAGCUGUAGCGUGAAGAGAUCUCUUUUUCAUAGUUUCUUCCAUUGCCAAACCCAUUUCAAAACAGGCCCUCGUCGCGACCGGAUAAACUAAAUUCCGGCUGAGUUCCCUC